UUUUUUUUUUUUUUUAGUCUCUUCUCCUUUUUUCCAGUCGCUUUCUCUUCUCCAGCUCUUCCUCUUCUGGAGUAUUUAUGUCUGAUUUUAGGAGCCCGUAAAUGUUGAACUUGAUGGGUGUUUUAAACGCCACCGCCGCCAAUGUCUCCUGUACUUGUAACUGCAAGCGCUACACCUCCCUCCAGAGCAUGGAAAUCACCCAGCUGGAGUUCGUCCAGAUCCUGGUGAUCGUCGUGGUGAUGAUGGUGAUGGUGGUGGUCAUCACCUGUCUGCUGAACCACUACCGCCUAUCAGCACGCUCCCUCCUCUCCAGACACGCCCCCGCACGCAGGAGACACCUGCCACUGGCCAACGAGGGAAGUCUGUGGUCUUCUGAGAGUACCGGGACAAACAGUAGUCUACAUGAGCACCAGGUGUACAACCCACGCCCUCCAGACAGAGGAGUCCCCUCAUCCUACCUACAGCGGGAGCCUCAGCAAGCCCAUUCCCACUCCCAGCCUCCCCUCCAGUCCCAGCGCUUCCAGCACACGUACGCCCCGAGUCGUUUCCAGCCGACGUAUCCCUACCUGCCCCAGAGCCUCAUCGAUCUCCCCCCCACCAUCUGCCUCUCAGACGGGGAGGAGCCCCCGCCGUACCAGGGCCCCUGCACCUUGCAGCUUCGAGACCCGGAGCAACAGAUGGAGCUGAACCGCGAGUCGGUCAGAGCGCCGCCGAACCGCACAGUGUUCGACUCGCACCCCCUCGACUCAUCCAGCUCCUGUCUGCAGGCCAGUUUGCAGGCCCCUCCUCCGAGUGUCCACCCAGGCAUCAGCGUGUUAGAGGCCCAGGAGGCCUUGUCCCGGCAGCAGAAGCAGGGCUCUCGAGUAGAAGGAGCUCCCCCGACCUACAGCGAGGUGAUUGGGCACUACUACCACCCGACGUCCCUGACCCCCAACCACAACCAUCGGACUGUGUCGUCCUCGCAAGCGCCCCCGUCCUCGUUCAUACACGGUCUGCUCCGACCUCCGCCUCAGCAGCAAGGAAGUGUGGACAACAGGAAUGCAAGGAACACGAAGGAGAAAUCCCAGAAGCCCCAGCAGGUGUGACAGUACUGCUUCCUUAUUCCUAGCCUGCAGAAACACCAGAAUUAUGUCUGCUCACCACUUGGGAAAUGGUCAGUAGCAAAAACGAGGAACAACCUGGUUUAUGGUAACAUCCACUCUGAAUGGUUUAAGGGCUGGUUCACAUUAGCUGUAGUUGUAGCUGACAUGUGGUCAGUUUCCCCACUGCACGGAUCGGGCUAGGAUUGGGAAGCAGCACACACCGGCUUCUCGUUUAGGUAAGAACACCUGGAAAUCGUAUCACUCUUGCAGAGCACAGUUGCAGGAGAAAAUCGGGUACUUCCUGUUCCGCAGCUUCUCACUUCAUGUCUGAGGACCACUUCAGAUGAACCGAUGAUGAUGUCAGAAGAAGAAAGGCAGAAGGUGCGAAGGGAAGGAUGGAGACAGAAGCCUCCUUCUUCCCUUUAACAACUCCACUUCAUGCCUCCUCUUUCAGACUGAUCUAACUAUUCUUCAUUAUAAAUAUUUACUUGUUCUGUUUGUUUCUAUAGAACUUUUUGUUUGUUUGUUCGUCUUUUUUGCGCUUACGAAAAAAAAAUCCUAUCCAGGCAAAUGGCGAAAUGUUGCAAUCUUCUUGGUUCUUCCAGGUUUUUGGUUUUCUAGUGAUAAUCGCCCUCGCUGCUUUGACUAGUUCUGUUUCAUGUUCACGACUGCACAGUCCACCGCCGGCAGUGACUCCUGCACCAGGCUUUAGCUGUAUCACUGGGACACGUUAGCACAUUAGAAUAUUUCCAGAAAGAGUUUAGAUUUAGAUAGUGUUAUCUUAAACUAGCUUACCAGUCGUAGCACAGUGCUAAAAGUUCUCGAGCUAAACAUUCUGCCUUAUAUCGACCAAUCGAUGCAGGAGUUGUCGCUAAAAUCCUAUUUAGUUUUGUUUUUUUAUUUUAUUUAAUGUUUUCUAGAGAAGGUUUGCACAAAGUUCAAGACUGUUCACCACAGAAAAAGAAAGAAAUCCGCAAUAUGAUUGAUGAGAGAGAAAACAGAAAGUAGGGGUAUUUUUCUAAACUUGAUAGAUUCUUAUGAGUAAAGAUUUUUUUUCUGUUUUAUAUGUUGUCUAGUUUUAGAAAAAAGAAACAAACAUCAGUAAUCUGUUGGGGUGCCAACUUUCACAUUGAACAUUUUGCUACAUACAUGUUGGCAUGUAUAUACGUUACAGAUUGAGUAUAUAUACACACAUGUAUGCAAACCGAGAGCGAACUUAAAAAGCACGAAUUUAGAGUUAUUUAUAUAAUUGCUGAAAAGAAUUGCACUAUUUUUUAGGAUGCGCAGAUGGAACGUGUGAGAGAGACUUUUAUUAUGAAGGGGCUCUGUCUUUUGAGGCGUGAACAGAUCGAGAGAGACCUGAAACCACACGGACUUACCAGAGGGUUGGACCAGCUCAGUGCACAGCAUCCGGUAUCACGAAAACAUAUCAAGGGGGGAUUCUGACUUUGGUUCAGCAGACUCGGAUCAACUAUUACUGUACCAUUGAUUAAAAAAUAUAAAUCCCUCGUUUAUGCAAACGUCCGAGUCCUGUGAGCCAACCACAAGUCAGCAUUCAACCUGUGGGCCCAAUCAGAAACUCUGCUCGUAGCUCUCUCUCUUUCAUUCCUUAUUGGCCGAAUCGUUAGCCAAUCCCAAAGCUGGCUGUCACUACCUCGACCAAACAAGUCAAGCACAUACGAGUUUGCUCACGUUAAUCAGAAUUUGCCACAUCGACAAAUGUCUGAACUAAUCAAGACAAUGUGUAAUGUAACAGUAGAACAGAGUAGAAUAGGAUGUAGUAGAGUUUGUUUUUAAUCCUCCUGUGUGUUCUUUUAUUUGAAUGUCAGAAUUUAUGUUCGUUGGGUGAAAAGAGAGAGAAUCCAUGCAGAUCCAGGUCGCCCUACAGCCCCCUUAAUGAGCGAUACAAUGACUGUGCACUGCUGUGGCCACACACAUACCGACACAUACAUGUACACAUUUGUGCAGACAGACAGGCAGGAAAACUGUCGCCAGACAACAACGUCUGGAGGUGUUUGUCACACACCUCCAGUUCGUCUCCUGCCUUCAACACACACACACACACACACACAGUUCCCUCUGGUAAGUCCGUUCUCUCUUGCAGGCAUCUCUGAGCACUUUACUGAAAGAGACCACAAUCUUCUGUCAGCCAGCGUCGGCCUCGGCUCACCGCCAGAUAAUAAAACUAAAACAAAAAAAAAUAAAAACAUAGUAGAACCUUCUAAUAAUAUAGUUUGGAUUCCUCAACCUUUAGAACCACACUUUUAAGAGAUGCAAAGAGUUGUGCUCCAAAACUUAAAACAUCCUUCAAGUGGAAAUCCCACUACCUGGAAUCAUUGAUUUAUUAUUCUGAAGUCUGUACGAUCUGUAGUCGUCUACGGCUGGGUAUCCUUUCAGUUAUUUCCAAUAUUAUUACCAAUAUAACAGCGGCGUUUCAUUACCAGUGCUAACAUUUUCGAUACAUCACUUUGAGAAAGUCUUCUUUUAAUUCCUCAAAUAUUAAAUGUUCUUUGUACAAACUGUACAAGAACUUUAGCUAAUUCAAAUACAGUUUAAAAUUGGCAAAACUUAUAUAUUUCGGUUGGCACCAAAAACAUACAGAGGUUUGAUACUCAGCUGGAGUAAUGACGGACUCACUGACAGAUCAAAUAACCUGGUUUCCAUUUAAAAUUAAUCAUUUGUUUUUAUUUUCCCACUGUGGAUAUUUCAGUUUUGGAACAGAAAUCUUUGUGCGUUGAACGCAGCACGAGACGAGUUGUUGCAAACUAGACACACUGAAGUGUUGAAAAGUGACACGAGUGUUAAUGGCAACUCGUCUUUUGUCAUCUCUUUAGGAGUGUAGAAGUAAAGGUAGAACUUUAGUUUAUUAAAGUAGAAGAUUAAAAUAUGUAGAAGGUUUUGUGUCUAAAGUUGCUGCUUGUAUGAAGAGUACAGCAUGACCUCCACUCUUUAACCCGGUGGUCCACCGGUUGUCUUAAAUUUCUAUUGACGAAGGCGAAUGAAGCCAGCACCCUUUAGUGUCCAGUCUUUAUGCAACAGCGCCCUCCAUAGGGACCGAACCAAAUCACAGCCAAAACUCCCCGAAGCCGUGACAGCUCAUUCUUGUAGAGAGAGGAGAGAGUCGAAAGGCCAAAAAAGAUAGAUUUUAUAAUCUGACACGGUGAAUCCUUUAAUCCUUUGUCUUUUCUUUUCUUCUCAAAUGAGUCACAGGUGUCUGAGGCUCGAUGUACGACACCAGUUUGUGUCUCUGUAACUCUUUCUAAACAGAAAUGAACCCCUAUAAAAUUGGAUUUGUUUUGUCCCUGUUAAAAGAGACAUGGGAAUAUUGUUCCUAUUAAAUUUUUUCUUCUGUUUUCUGAAUCCUUGCCUUCAACCUUUUUGAUAAAAAAAAAGACAAAAGUUGACAAAUAAUCAAAAGUCACUUCUGUGUGAUUCACUUACCCUCUGUCUUGUUUACUGUCUCUUUUCCUCCUUUGUUCCGGUGCUGCACUGCCAUUUUUCUUAUGUAUUGAAAAAAAAAUCAUGAUAUAAAGAAAUUAAUCUCU